AUGGACUUCCCAGGUCACUUUGAGAACAUCUUCCAGCAGCUGAACCACCAGCGUGUCAGUGGUCAGCUCUGUGACUGUGUGAUCCUAGUGGGAGGCCAACACUUCAGAGCACACCGCUCUGUCCUGGCAGCCUGCAGUACACACUUCAGGGCCCUUCUGAAUGCAGUGGAGGGGGAUGGUGGAGGAGCCAGUGUGAUGGAGCUGGAUCUAGAGGUAGUGACUCCUGAGGCUCUCUCUGCCCUGCUGGACAUGAUCUACACCUCCACUCUCACUCUGGGGGCCUCCAACGUAAUGGAUGUGCUCCUGGCUGCCUCCCACCUGCACCUCAACACUGUGGUCAAGGCCUGCAAGCACCACCUCACCUCCCGCAGCUUCCCCACAUCGCCCCCGCGUGGUUGGAGUUCGCCAGUGCAGCAGCAGCGGUUCAGCCAUGCAGUGGACCAGCAGCACCUGAGGCAGUCUCCAUGCCAGGCAGCAGCCAUGGCUGGGGUCAACUCCAGGCAGCAGAGAUCUGUCCUACUCCAGCAGCUGGGGCUCAGCCUGGUCACAUCGGCCCUGGAAGGUAGCCUCGACGUUGGCGAGACUGAGUUGGAUGCUAGCCAGGCUGGAGGCAGGGACGGAGGGGAUGGAGCAGAUGGAAGCAUGGAGCAACUGGCAGCUUUCUCAGGUCGGCGUCACCACAAACGCAAGAGCUCUUCUCCCCAAAUGUUUCAGGAGGAGAGGCUGAACAGCAAGCAGAGUGGGUGCAGGCUAUCUGAGGGGAAUCACUGGGAGGGCUACCCAAGGGUGUCCAGGAGUAAUGAGGGUGAGGAGCUUCCCUCCCCUGACUCCCUGAAGACAGACGAGUGCCUCUGCCUGGAGAGGGAAAGUGCAGAGAAGCAGGAGGAGAAGUAUGAAGGGACUUUACAAGAAGAGGUACAGCUGCCUAGCCAAUCAGAUAGUAAUGUGGGAGGGACACGGGAUAAUGGGGGAGAGGAUCACACAGAGGGUUCUCAGGUGGAUGGAGGGAUCAUGUUUAAAGUGAAAGUGGGAGAAGAGGGAGAAGAGGAGGAUCAUAAGAUGGAUGUAGUUGUGAAGAGUGAGCAGGUGAACUCUUAUCCAGACACACCAGGUGUGUCCAAUUAUCCUCCAUUCCCAUCCGAGGACACUGGUGAUCAUCAGGAUGAGCCAGCAAAUGAUGAGAAAGACAAACUCAGCCCGAAGGGAAAUGACCCAAGCUCAUCCAACCCCCAAUCUAGCUCCAAUCCUCAGACAGACACACACCCACUCCAAGACAACACGAAUGGAGAUGGGUUGUCUGAUAAUGAGGGCCUAGACAGCAACCAAGACCUGGGCCUUUCAUGCAUUCUCAACCCCAGGAAUCAGCUUGAGGCAUUAGGAGAGGACAGUCUCCUUAACACCACCAUCAGUGAGGCUCAGGCAGAAAGCAAUGAGGCUGUUAGGUCACUUCAAAACUCAGAGGCAACAAACGCCUCCUCUUCCUCCUUUAUGUUCCCAGUAACCUCUGUCCCCUUCCAGCAGCUCCUCAGUAGCGAGGGGCACAGUUUCAGUGAUGGAUUCAUCCUCCAGUCCACCCAGACUCAGGAUGUUCUGGGGGGCUUCUUGAGGGGUGUCAGGCCAGAUGUAGGCACCUUGGGCAGCCUCAGUUUGAGCACAUCCCUCUCCCGAUCAUCCAGGGCUGAGAUGACCGGAGUUGGGGGUAGCUUAGGCCUGCCAGCUUACCGUCGCAUCGCCCCAAAAGUGAACCCCAACUCUGAGGGCCAGAUAGAUGGACAACCCCAGGAUCCUUCCUCCUCCUCCGGUCCAGCAGGGGGGGAUACUGCUCCUCGCCCUGCCCUCACCAGAGCAUCAGAGGACGUCCUUUCAAAGUGUAAGAAGGCCAUGACGGAGCACAACGUCCUGGUAGUGGAGGGGGCAAGGAAAUACGCCUGCCGGAUCUGCUGUAAGACCUUCCUAAACCUGACUGACUGUAAGAAACACAUCAGAGUCCACACAGGAGAAAAACCUUACGCCUGCCUCAAGUGUGGCAAACGCUUCAGUCAGUCGUCCCAUUUGUACAAACACUCUAAGACCACCUGUCUACGCUGGCAGAGCAGCCACCUGCCUGCCACGCUGCUCUGA